CAGCCGGCAGCAGAGCAACCUGCAGAGCAACCCCAUGCAGAGCCGCAUGGCACAGAGCAGCUUGACGAAGGAGAGCAUGAGCCUUACACACAUUACAUGCGGCAGCCUGAAGAGCAGCCUGACGAGGAGGAGCCAGCAGAGGGCGAGGUGGCUCCUGCUCCAGAGUCGCCUGAUUUCGAGGGAGCCCCGGCUACGGACACCCAGGAGCCCGAGACGGUCGAGGCCUCACCCAGACAUGAUGCCUCCAGUCGAGCAGUGGAG